UGUUGACCGGUGCUGUUAGCUCAUGCUAAAUGCUAACGCCCUGUCAAACUAAACCACUCCCGUCAGACUCGUUCCGCUGCUCCUGACAUUGUAAUUACGCUGUAAUGUUGCGAAACCCAUGUAAGAACUUUGACACACUUUGCCUUUGGCUGUUUCUGACGGACUGCUCCGGUUUUAAAACCAACAACAUUCACGUACUGCGGAGGUACACGCUCAGUUUCCUCAGCAUGGGGAACACCUACAGCAAUAAUCUGGGGAUCCCUCCAGCCAAAGGCCCCCAUCCUGUGGGAUGUACAGACUUCAUGAUGGACCACACCAAGCAGGGCAGCUUUUUCCGAAUGUACUAUCCUUGUCAUGAGCCAGAAGAAGUAAAACGACCAGACUGGGUGCCAAGCAGAGAAUACUUUAAUGGUCUGGCAGACUUCAUGGAGUUCAACAGAACUCUCAGUGAACGGAUUUUCAACUACCUCUUUGGGUCCUUUAAGAUCCCAGCCUUCUCAGACGCUCUGUUUAAACAAAAUGGAAAAUAUCCUGUAGUCAUUUUCUCUCACGGUCUUGGAGCAUUUAGAACUUUAUAUUCGGCUAUAUGUGCAGAACUGGCGUCUCAGGGUUUUGUUGUGGCGGCAGUGGAACACAGAGACGAGUCUGCAUCGGCGACCUAUUUUUAUCGUGAGAAGGGAGAAAAUGAGUCAUCAUCCAGAAAGUCUCCAGCAGCUGGAGACGACCUGGUGAAGGAGUGGAUGUACUACAGACGCCUGCAGCCGGGAGAGAGGGAGUUCCCCCUGAGAAACAAACAAGUGAAACAGCGAGCAGAUGAAUGCAUUUGGGCUCUGGCUAAACUCACCGAAAUCAGCUCAGGGUUACCCGUGAAAAAUGUGCUGCAGACCCAGUUUGACUGGACAACACUGGCGAACUGCAUGGAUCUGUGUCGGACGGCGAUCGUGGGGCAUUCCUUUGGAGGAGCAACAGUAAUCGAAACUCUGUGCAAAGAGGUUAAAUUCAAGUGCGGCGUAGCUCUGGACACCUGGAUGGUCCCGUUAGAUGAUGAAAUAUUUCCCCUGGUGAAGCAACCCAUCUUCUUCAUCAACUCGGAGAAGUUCCAGUGGGCGGGAAACAUCAGCCGCAUCAAGAAGCUGGACUCAGCCGUCACGCAGAGGAAGAUGAUCACCAUCAGAGGUGCAGUGCACCAAAGUUUCCCAGACUUCACCUUCUUAACGGGGAACUGGAUCGGAAAGCUGAUGAAGCUGAAGGGAGAAAUCGACCCAGAGCUCGCCCUAGAUCUCUGCAACAAAGCGACGUUAGCAUUUCUGCAGCGCCAUCUUGGUCUAGAGAACAACUUUAAUCAAUGGGAUCAUCUAAUCGAUGGGAAAGAUGAAAACCUCAUUCCAGGAACCAAUAUUACACUUCUUCAGUCUGCCAUCUGAACUGAAGUGCCUCCUGACAAAUCUAAUUGUCCAAACCCAGGAACAGUCCUGAAAACAUGGAGCCACACCUGCUUGGUGUUAAUUCAGAACAUGAAGUAUCUAGGAAGUGAUUUACCUCACACACAAACCACCACAGCCAUGACAUACGGUUAGAAUGCUCAUCUCUACCUCAGUGAUUCUUUUUUAAACUAGAUUUUUGUUUUUUGCCUUUACGUGAGAACGUGAACUCAGUGGACCCGUGUUUGUUCCAUGAUGCCUGAAUGUUGGUUAGUUGUACACUUAUUGAAAGAUUUAAUAAGCAGCAAUGUUGACGCACUUCCUACAGCGUGUCUGGUUCUACGAUCAGCGAGGAGCUACACCAACCACCCCUCGGUCAUCAUAAACAAAUCAGUUAUCAAACCAAGAGACUAAAGUUGGGAUUAAAGAAUGCCUUAAUGCAUUUAAAUUAACAGACUGAUGAUAAUUUGUCUGAACUCAUCAAUCUGCAUCAGUGAAAUAAAAAUGACUGUAAAUUGAUAUGCAGUGACGGUGGAGGGGGAGAGAUUGUUCUUCAUUCUCAAAAAAAUAAAAAAAAUCUAAGUGAGCUACUUUUGUUCCAUUGAUAUACAUCCAGAAUCAAAAGAAUUCAUGUUUUCAGAUGUU